GUGACAGCUAGCUUGCAGGUGUCCACAUUUGGUAUUUACUGUUGUUGUAUUUCUUUCUCCUUGUGCAUAGUUUCUCUCCUUCUCGUGGACAGGUUUCGUUGAAAACAUGAAGUUGCGCGUCAGAGUAGGCAAACAGACCAGUCGUAUGGAGCUGCAAGGAGAUGCAGCUACCUUGACUGAACUGACUGUCCAAAUCAAAGAGAUUAUUCUUCCAUCCUGCGGGAUCAGUCCAGACACAGAGUUUGGCCUGUCACUGAAUGGCAAGGAGCCACUGAGUGACACGGGACAGACCCUGACCGACUGUGGCAUUGUUUCGGGUGACCUGAUCUGUGUCGUCCUACCCCAGUCGUGCCCUGUUAUCCCGAGCCCUCCUGCCCCCUCACAGGUGCCUGCCUCCAGCAGCAAGAGUACCAACAGAAUGCAAGAACCACCAGCAUCCACAUCCAGGUCUACUACAUCCCUGUCCACAUCCGCACCCCCACAACCCUCCACAGAGUCUGGGCCCAGCACUAGCCACAGUUGCAUCUCCUCCAACCCGGACACUGGGGCAGACUAUGAGAUGGAGGAGGAGGAGGCCCUCUCUGGACCCUUCAUCCCAGACCCGAUGCUCUGCAGUGAGGCAGAGGACAGCAAGGUGCCCCACUCCCUGGAGGUGCUGUUCCAUGGUGCACAGAGCUGCAGUACCAAUGACUGCCUCAUGGUGGCUCUGCAUCUCAUCAUGCUGGAGUCGGGCUUCAUUCCACAGGGGUCUGAGGGCAGAGGUGGUGGUGAGAUGCCAUCAGGGUGGCGAGUGGCUGGGGCCAUGUACAGGUUGCAGUAUACCCACCCCCUGUGCGAGAACAGCCUGGCAGUGGUGGUGUCUGUUCCCAUGGCUGCGGUGCUGGUCACCAAUGCCACUUUGAAGAUGAAUGGCAUGGUGGACAACGCCAGGAAGCUCGAGCUCAAAGCAUCAUCCUUUGUGACAGACCACUGGGCAGGUGAAAAUGCUGCAGCGGCUUACAAAGACUUGAAAAAGCUCUCUCACAUCUUCAAAGACCAGAUUGUGUACCCUCUGAUGGCCUCAGCCCGGCAAGCUAUGGGGCUGCCUGUGUUAUUCGGCCUCCCCGUGCUGCCCAUGGAGAUGCAGUUGAGGAUCCUGCGCCUGCUGGACGUGGCCUCCGUGGUGGCCCUUUCGGCCGUCAGCAAGGACCUCCGCAACGCCACCGAGGACCCCUCCCUCUGGAGACACCUUUUCCGCCGGGACUUCAGAGCUCGGAGCAGCCAGCCAAACGAAGCCAGAGACACAGAAUGGAAAGAGCUGUACAAGAAGAGAUUUGUGCAACGGAAGGAGAUGACGAAAAGUUUCAAAUGGCGGGACCCCUUAGCGGUGCCCCCUGUUUACCCAUUUACCCCCCUGCCUAUGCCCCCCCUGCCCAACCCCCUCUACCCGCCCGGCAUCAUCGGUGGAGAGUACGACCAGAGACCCGGCCUUCCCCCCGGGAUGCUGCCCCCCCGGCCACGCUUCGACCCCAUCGGUCCGUUGCCUGGUCACGACCCUGGAUUCGGCAUGCCGAUUGGACGGCGAUCGAUGAGGCCGCCUGGCAACAGGCCUUCAGACAUCCGCAGAGGAUUCAUUUGACAUUUCGGCUCGGCUGUUUUUUUGUUUGCGUAACACACGGCCAACACCUGACAGCACGGACAUAUUCAAUUACGCAGAAACGAUGAUGUCUCUCUCCCUCCCCUCUACAAUAAAACACAGUAGCUUAAUAAUUCAACAACUGCAGGCUUUUAUGAUCCCCGCUGUGUCAUGUCAGCUACUGGACUUAUCUUAUCAGCAAGAACUGACUCCUGUGCAGGAACAUAGUAUUUUACAUGAAAUAAUGUAAUAUGCCUAUAAUUUGACUUUGUAAUACAUUACAUUUAUAGAUAAAAUGUUACUGGUUCCGUUCCACACUUCAAGCUGGUGGGUGCGUGGGACUGAAUGAUCGGCUCAUUAAGAGAAGAGCGCUCUCUCUCUCUCUCUCUCUCUCUCUCUCUCUCUCUCUCUCUCUCUCUCUCUCUCUCUCUCUCUCUCUCUCUCUCUCUCUCUCUCUCUCUCUCUCUCUCUCUCUCUCUCUCUCUCUCUCUCUCUAAGGUGCUCUAUGCAUGGUACCAUUCCCCAUACACUGGCCCAAUGUGCUCUGUUAAUGUGUGAGAUUAAAAAUGCAGAGGUUAUUUUUUGUUGAAUGCUGUGUGCUGGUGGCAAUGAGAAAUGAGAAGUGCUUUAUAGUUUAUGGGGUGUUGGGGACAGAGGAUUAACUGUGGAUGCAAGAGGAAGCUGUCUGAACUCUCUGAAAGGGAAGUUUGGGUGCUAACGCGGACUGUAUCCAAAAAACAAAACCACAGCUGUCCAAAUCACUGUAGAAUAAAUGUGAACCUCAACUCUCCUGUUUCCACCAGAACGGUCCAUUGAGAGCUCCACAGGGUCGAUACACAAGGCUGGUCACCCAAACAGCCCUUUCAGACAGCUUCCUCUUGUGUCCACAGUUAAUGCUGUUGGAUGUGGUUCAUCCUUCUUGGUGGUAUGCUGACAUUACGUUGGAUACUGUGGCUGUUGAUACAUCACAAAGACUUGCUCUCUCAGUCAAAGAUGCAACAGUUACAUGUACAUCAAGAAUUUCUUCUUUUUGAACUCUGAUAUGUCACCAACAAUGCUGUGUGCAUUGCAAAAUUUUGAGCAAAACUGUGUUCUUACCCUGCUAAUUAAAUCUUCACACUUCA